UUGGGGGGACCUUCUGCCGCACGUCCCUGCCAUCCAUCGCUGGGGUUUCUGUUUUAUUUUCCUGGAGGGGGAAGGGGGGGGGGGAAACCCAAGCCAACAUGGUCUCCCCAUGUCCUCUGUUCCCCUCUUCCCUCUUCCCCCUUCUGUCAUCUCAGUAGGAAUCGGCUUUUUCUUACCCUGCCCAGAGCUUUGUUCUCCUCAGACUCAGACAAGACUCCAGGAAGGCAGCCAGGAUGGAUUACAGCUCCCUCAGCGGAGUGCCCCGCUUCCUGACCCGGCCCAAGGCGUUCAUGGUGUCCGUGGGGAAGGACGCCACCUUGAGCUGCCAGAUCAUCGGGAACCCCGUCCCGGUUGUGAGCUGGGAGAAGGACAAGCUCCCAGUCCAGUCUGGGGGGAGGUUUAAAACCACAGAGGACGGGGAUCUCUACCGGCUCACCAUCUACGACCUGAGCCUGGAGGACAGCGGGCAGUACAUCUGCCGGGCCAGGAACACCAUCGGGGAGGCCUUUGCAGCCGUCAGCAUCAAAGUGGGGGAGGAGACCACGGUGACAGAGCAGGCCCCUUACUUCAUCCAGAGGCCCUCCAACAUCAAGGUGACCCUGGGGGAAGACGCCAUGUUCAAGUGCAAGGUGCAGGGCAGCCCUCCCCUCUCGGUGAACUGGGAGAAGGACGGGAGGCACCUGCGGAACCAGGCGGAGGCCGGGCGCUUCCAGAUCGAGUCCGCCGGCGAGUCCAACGCCCUGACCAUCCAGUGUGCCCGGCUGGGGGACAGCGGCACCUACACCUGCCGGGCCGAGAACCUCAUCGGCUCCGCCAGCGCCUCGGCCGCGCUGGUGGUGGAGACGCGCGGCUCCUCCAACCCGGGCGGCAGCGCCAACUUCGACUCCGGCUGCGGGAAGACGGCGUCCCUGCUGUCCCACCUGCAGAAGAGGCGGGAGGAGAUCAGGAGGAUGGAUGUCUCCCACGGGACUCUGGACUCCACCUCAGCCCAGGCUUACUCCGAAGGGCUGCCCGGCAUCGGCUACGGGCUCUCCCGGGACUACGAGCGGGCCCUGGGACUCGCCAAGGGGGCUCGGAACGCCGCCCUCGGGGCGCUGACCCGCACGUGCAGCGUCACGGAGGGCAAACACGCCAAGCUGAGCUGCUACGUGACGGGAGAGCCCAAGCCGGUGAUCGUGUGGAAGAAGGACAACGAGGUCAUCUCGGAAGGGCGGCGGCACGUCAUCUACGAGGACGACCAGGAGAACUUCGUGCUGAAGAUCCUCUUCUGCAAGCAGGUGGACAACGGGCUGUACACCUGCACGGCCUCCAACCUGGCGGGCCAGACCUACAGCUCCGUGCUCGUCACCGUCAAAGAACCCGCCAUCCCCUUCAAGGAAAAGCUGAAGGAUCUCGAAGUGAGGGAGAAGGAAUCUGCCACCUUCCAGUGCGAGGUGCCCGUUCCUGGGACAGAGACCUCGUGGUUCAAGGAGGAGACCAAGCUCAGGCAGAGCAAGAAGUACAACAUCGAGGAGGAGGGCACGUACCGCCGGCUCACCGUGCAGAACGUCACCGCCGACGAUGACGCCGUUUACAUCUGCGAGAUGAAAGAAGGGAGCAGGACCAUUGCAGAGCUGUCUGUCCAAGGGAACAUCAUUAAAAAGCUCCCACGGAAGACUGCAGUGUUCAUCCACGACACAGCCACCUUCUGCGUGGAGCUGGACAACGACUGCCACAACGUCCGGUGGCUCAAAAACAAGGAAGAGGUGAAGCCCAGUGACCGAAUCUCCAUCACACGCUCCGGCAAACAGCACACCAUGACCAUCCGAGAGUGCAAGGUGGAGGAUGCUGGGGAGAUUGCCUUCCUGGCUGAUGAAAGCAGGACUUCCACCCAGUUCACCGUGACCACGCCCAAAAAACCUCCCACCCAACCCCCAGCCGACCCUGUGGUGAAAAAUAAAACAGAAACCUCAGUGACCCUGGCAUGGUCCCCUCCCAAGAUGGACCGGCCCAUUCCAGUCGACGGAUACAUCGUGGAACGCAAGAAACUCACGGGCUUCACCUGGGUGAGGUGCCACGAGUCCCACAUCCCCGCCCCAGAGCUCACCGUGAGCAACCUGGUGGAAGAGGCUGAUUAUCAGUUCAGGGUGUCUGCAGUCAACGCCUACGGACAGAGCCCCUACCUGGAAUUCCCCGGGAGCGUCCACCUCGAACCAGUCCUGGCUGUGAAGAGCCCCCUGACAACAGCUGAGGCUGCACCUGGAGGGGAUGCCCUGUUUACUGUCGACCUCACCAAGACAUGUUCCGGCUCCUGGUACCUUCGUGGCAAAGUCUUACAGGAAAGUGAGACCUGCAUCAUCAAGAGAACCCAAACCACUCACACCCUGAUCCUAAAGAACGUCACCAAGAAGGAUGAUGGAGCAGAAGUGAAAUUUGUUGCCAAUGAUGUCGAGACCAGCACCAAGAUGAGAGUGAAAGGUGCUGCAGUGAGAUUUACCAACAAGAGCAAAGAGGUGGAAAAGGUCUCUGCUCGGCUGAGGGAGGAAGCCAAACUCCAGGCUGAGCUUUCAGACACAGAGGCCGCAGUGAAGUGGCUGAAAGAUGGGAAGGAACUCAAGGCCAGUGAAAAAUAUGAGCUUCAAACCGUGGGGAAGAGGCACAUCCUGAAAAUCCGCAGCACUUCGGCGGAGGAUGCUGGAGUUUAUGAGUGCACCUGUGAAGGGGACAAGAUGCUCUUUCAGCUUUCAGUGAAAGACGAAGCUGUUACUUUUGUCAACAAGCCCAAGACGCCUCCAGAAAUAUCAGUCAGUCCUUCUGAGACCCUGGAGCUGGUGUGUGAGGUGUCAGCUGCCGGCGGGGCCGUGGUGUGGAAGAGGGAUCACGUCGAGCUGAAGCAGGACCAGAGGACGACGGUGGUGUCCCAGGGGACACAGCGAAAGCUCAUCGUCAAGAAGGUGACACAGCAAGACCAAGGGAGCUACAGCUGCGAGAUGAAGGAUGACAGGCUAACAUUCCAAGUCAAAGUCAGAGAGCCAGAAGUUGUGUUUACAAACAAGGACAAAGUGAAGAAGGAGGUGAAAGCUGCACUCUCAGAAGAUGCCACGCUGAGCUGCGAGGUGGCCCAGGAGAAGACCGAGGUGAAGUGGUACAAGGAUGGGAAGCUGAUCAGCUCCAGCAAGAAGUUCAAGGUGGAGUCAGAGGGCAAAUCCCGUCGGCUGGUGGUGGGUCAGGUGGAGCAGAAGGAUGCUGGAGAGUACACCUGCGAGGCUGCUGGCCAGAAACUCACCUUCAGGAUCCACGUCACAGAGGCAGAAGGUGCCUUUGUUCACAAGGAGAAGGUGCAGAAAGAGGUGAAAGCUGCACUCUCAGAAGAUGCCACGCUGAGCUGCGAGGUGGCCCAGGAGAAGACCGAGGUGAAGUGGUACAAGGAUGGGAAGCUGAUCAGCUCCAGCAAGAAGUUCAAGGUGGAGUCAGAGGGCAAAUCCCGUCGGCUGGUGGUGGGUCAGGUGGAGAAGAAGGAUGCUGGAGAGUACAGCUGUGAGGCUGCUGGCCAGAAACUCACCUUCAGGAUCGAUGUUGCAGAUGACGCGUUUGAGCACAGGGACAAAGUGCAAAGGGAGGUGAAGGCAGUGCUGAAGGAGGACACCACUCUGAGCUGCGAGGUGGCCCAGGAGAAGACCGAGGUGAAGUGGUACAAGGAUGGGAAGCUGAUCAGCUCCAGCAAGAAGUUCAAGGUGGAGUCAGAGGGCAAAUCCCGUCGGCUGGUGGUGGGUCAGGUGGAGAAGAAGGAUGCUGGGGAGUACACCUGCGAGGCUGCUGGCCAGAAACUCACCUUCAAGGUCCACGUCACAGAGCCAGAAGUUGUGUUUACAAACAAGGACAAAGUGAAGAAAGAGGUGAAAGCUGCACUCUCAGAAGAUGCCACGCUGAGCUGCGAGGUGGCCCAGGAGAAGACUGAGGUGAAGUGGUACAAGGAUGGGAAGCUGAUCAGCUCCAGCAAGAAGUUCAAGGUGGAGUCAGAGGGCAAAUCCCGUCGGCUGGUGGUGGGUCAGGUGGAGAGGAAGGACGCUGGAGAGUACAGCUGUGAGGCUGCUGGCCAGAAACUCACCUUCAAGAUUGAUGUCACAGAACCAGAAGUUGUGUUUACAAACAAGGAGAAGGUGCAGAAAGAGGUGAAAGCUGCACUCUCAGAAGAUGCCACGCUGAGCUGCGAGGUGGCCCAGGAGAAGACUGAGGUGAAGUGGUACAAGGAUGGGAAGCUGAUCAGCUCCAGCAAGAAGUUCAAGGUGGAGUCAGAGGGCAAAUCCCGUCGGCUGGUGGUGGGUCAGGUGGAGCAGAAGGAUGCUGGGGAGUACACCUGCGAGGCUGCUGGCCAGAAACUCACCUUCAAGAUUGAUGUCACAGAGCCCAAACCUGCAUUUAUAAACCAGGAGAAGGUCCAGAAGGAGGUGAAGGCUGUGCUGACAGAAAGUGCCUCCCUCGUGUGCGAGGUAGCCCAGGAUGCAACCGAAGUGAAGUGGUUCAAGGACGGGAGACUUCUGGUUCCCUCCAGGAAAUUCAAAAUAGAGACCGUGGGCAAAACCCGGCGCCUGGUCAUAGAGCAGCUGGAGAAGAAGGAUGCUGGGGAAUACAUCUGUGAGGCUGCAGGCCAGAAGAUGACAUUCAAGCUGGAACCAACUGAACCAAAGGCUAAAUUUGAAAAUAAGGUUGUCCAGAAAGAGCCUCUCAUUGUCCAAGAACAUGAAAGUAUCACACUGACAACUUCAGUGACGCCCGAAACUGCUGCAGUGAAGUGGCUCAAGGACGGAACAGAAAUCAAGGCGAGCAAGAAGUGUGUGAUCAAGAGUGAGGGGGCGUCCAGGACCCUGGUGGUGAACCUGGCUGAGAGCACAGACACUGCUGUCUACACCUGCCAGACCAAGGACGACAAGCAGGAAUUCAAAGUGCAGGUGAAAGAAGUCCCAGUGAAGUUUGCCAAGAAACUGGAAGCUGUCAAAGCCGAGAUUGGGGGCAGUGUCACCCUGAGCUGUGAGCUGAGCCACCCCAGGGGGAAGGUGACCUGGCGCAGGAACGGGGUUGAGAUCAAGCCCAGCAAACGUUUCCAGAUGCACGAGGAGGGGCUCAAAAGGACCCUGACAAUAACAGGGAUCCGGGCUGAGGAUGAGGGGGAGUAUUCCUGUGAAUCCAGAGACGAAAAGAGCAGCAUUACCAUCACCCCCAAAGCUCCCAGAGUGGUGAAAUUCAUGACCAGCCUCAACAGCGUGGUGUCUGAGGAAGGAAAAGAGGCCGUCUUCAAGUGCACCGUCUCUCCCAGCGACGCCGUGGUCUCCUGGCUCAGGAACGGUGUCAAGCUUGAAGCCAGCAAGAAGUAUGUGAUCUCUCAGAAGGACUCCAACCACAGCCUCACCAUCACUGACCUGACACUGGAAGAUGCAGCUGAAAUCUGCGCCAGUGCUGAGGGGGUGGAAAGCACAGCCAACCUCAGAGUCCGGGAGGCCUCGAUCUCAUUCAAGAAGAAACUGGAGCCCAGAACAGUCGAGGAGAGGGAGACAGUGACCUUGGAGGUGGAGCUGACCAAGCCUGCAGAGGUGAAAUGGAUGAGGAACAGCAUCGUGCUGAAGCCCAGCGACAAGAUCGAGAUCAAGGCUGAGGGAACAAAGCACACCUUGGUGGUGAAGGACAUCUCCUUUGCAGACAGGGGCUUCUACUGCUGUGAGAGCCCUGAUGACAAGACCCAAGCCAAGAUCAACGUGGAAAUGAGGCAGAUCAAGCUGGUGAAAGGCCUUCAGCCCCUGCAGGUUGCCGAGAAAGGGACUGUCACCUUCGAGGUGGAGGUGUCACACGAGGACGUGGAGGGGACCUGGCAGAGGGACGGAGUUCGGCUGAAACCCGCACCCAACGUCAGCUUCGGCGUCCUGGGCAAGAAGCACUCGCUGACUCUCUCCUCGGUGACCCUCGAGGACGCAGGAGUCAUCUCCUUCAAGGCAGAAGGCAUCAGUUCAUCAGGGAAACUCACUGUGACAGAAUUGCCUGUGAGAAUCAGCAAACCUCUGGUGGAUGUCAGCGUGACUCAGAAACUCAAGGCCACGUUCGAGUGUGAGCUGUCCAGGCCCAAUGUGAACGUGAAGUGGUUCAAGGAUGGGAAGGAGAUCCGGCAAAGUCAGAACGUGGGGAUCGUUUCCCAGGGAAACAAGAGAAGCCUCAUAAUUCACAAGUGUGAAUAUGAAGACCAGGGAACCUACAGCUGUCAAGCAGCUGAAGACAAGACAUCAGCUACUCUAAAGGUUCAAGCCCGAGAUAUCAAGAUUGUAAAGCCACUGGAAGACGUGGAAGUGAAUGAAUAUGAGAGUGCAUCCUUUGUCUGCGAGAUUUCACACGAUGAGGUCGAAACCCAGUGGUACAAAAAUGACAACAAGCUGAAGACUUCUGACAAUAUCAAAAUGCGACAGGACGGGAAGACCUACUCACUGACCUACGCCCGUGUCCACGUGGAGGACGCGGCAGAGAUCAAGUUUGUGGCAGAGAAGGCAGAAUCUCGCGCCCAGCUGACUGUGAAAGAGCUGCCCGUAAAAAUAGUGAAGCCUCUGAGAGACAAGAUCGCCCUCGAGAAGCACCGGGGGGUCCUGGAGUGCCAAGUGUCUCGCGCCAACGCCAAGGUCCGGUGGUUCAAAAGGGGCGUGGAAAUUCACCCCAGCGACAAGUACGAGAUCGUGAGCGAAGGCGUCUACAGGAAACUCAUCAUCAACGACGCCGACUACGAGGACGAGGACACGUACACCUGCGACGCCUUCGACGACAGAAGCAGCGCUAAUUUCUUUGUUGAAGAGCAAGCCAUUAAUAUCGUGAAGGACUUGUGUGACGAGGACGUGACUGAGCCUGAGGAAGCCAAUUUUGAAUGCGAGACAUCCAUCCCCUCCGUGAAACCUGCCAAGUGGCUUCUACGGGGAGAGGCUUUGCAGCCUGGCAGGAACUUCAUCAUGCAGCAGGAAGGCACCAUCCACAGGCUGACAAUAGUGAAAACCAGUGCUGACAUGACAGGAACCAUCCAGUUCUCCAUUGGCAAAUCAAAAUCCACAGCAAACCUGCUCGUCAGAGAUUCCCACAUACAGAUCACCAGGAAGCUGGAGGACAAGACCGUCCUGGAGAAACACUCGGCCAUCCUCUCCUGUGACUUCAGGCCCUCCCCCAAGAUUGUCAAGUGGUUCAAGGACCACGUGCUCAUCGAGCCCUCUGAGAAGUACAAGAUCAAGCGGGAGCAAUACUCAGCAGAGCUCAAGAUCUUGAAGGUGAAGCCUGAAGACGCCGGAAUGUACAAGUGCCGGGCUGGGAGCGCAGAGACCAGGGCCACGCUCACCGUCGAAGCCCGGAACGUGGAAGUCCUCAAACACCUGCAGGACGUGGAAAUCGAGGAGGACAGCUCUGCCGUGUUCUCCUGCGAGCUGUCCCACGACGACGAGGACGUGGAGUGGUUCCUCAACGGCACCCUCCUCUACACCAACAAUUUCAACGACAUCAAGAACGUGGGCAAGGUCUACACGCUGACCAUGAAGCAGGUGAAGCCCGAGGAUGCUGGCACGGUGACAAUGAAGUCAGACAAGGUGUCAGAGAGCGUGAGGCUGAAGGUCAUAGAGAAACCUGCUGUCUUCAUGAAAGCCUUGGACGACGUUUUUGGUGAGGAGCGAGGUGUGAUUAAACUGGAAUGUGAAGUCUCCAAAGAGAAGGUCAAACCUGUCUGGAAAAAGGAUGGUGUGAAGAUCCCUUCUAGUAACAAGUACGAGGAGAUACAGUCUGGGAAGACCCUGUGCCUCCUCAUCCAUGACCUUGAAAAGGCAGAUGCAGGUUUAUACACCUGUGACAUCGGCACUGAUGUUGCCAAGUCAAAGGUCAGCGUUCAGGAACUGAACAUCGGCAUCACCAAGAGGCUGAAGAACACCGAGAUCCAGCUGGGGGAGGACUGCACUUUCGAGUGCAUUCUGUCCCACGAGAGCAUCGAUGACUUCAGCUGGACGCUGAACGGGAGGAAAGUGGGGAGCGGGGGGAGGUUCAAAGCCUCCAACUCGGGUCGGAAAUACACCCUCAGCAUCCAAAGUGUGACCCCUGAGGAUGUGGGCGAGGUUGUUUUCACUGCCCGUGGCCUGACCUCCAGGGCUUCUCUGGCUGUGAAAGAGAAACCAACUGAGGUUACAAAACAGCUGGAGGAUAAAACAUCACAAGCAGGGCAGGACAUCAGCCUGAGCUGUGAGCUGUCCAAACCUGAUGUGAACAUCAGGUGGUACAAGGAUGGCAAAGCAAUCCGAAAAAGCCAGAAAUACGACUUGCAACAGGAGGGAAGCCGGGCCAUUCUGAUCAUCCGGGACUCCACGGUCAAGGACAGUGGGGAAUACACCUGUGAGACAGAGAGCUCCAAAACAACAGCCAGGGUCACAGUGCAAGAAAAACCCAAUUAUUUCGUCAAGGAGCUCUCAGACCUGAAAGUCGAUGAGAGUGGCACCGCAGUUUUCGUGUGCCAGAGCGAGAGAGCCGCGUCCUCCGUGGUGUGGAGGAAAGGCAUCGCCGAGCUCAGGGCCGGCAGGAAAUACGAGAUCACACAGACAGGGCAGGUCCUUCAGCUGACCAUCAAGAACCUGGAGAAAAGCGACAGCGACACUUACAGCUGUGACAUUGGCGACGCCCAGUCCAGAGCCAAGCUGGUCGUGCAAGGCCAGAGAGUGCUAAUAACAGAAGACCUGGAAGAUGUCACUGUGUUAGAAGGGGAAUCUGCCACGUUCAAGUGCAGAAUCUCUCCCGUAGACUAUAGCAAAGUGCAGUGGUUUUUGGAUAAAACCCCGCUCCAUACCAAUGAGCUUAACGAGAUCCAGUCCCAGCCUGGGGGACAUCACCUGCUAACGCUGAGAAAGCUCUCCCUGAAGGACUCGGGGGUCAUUACAUUUGAAGCUGGUGAUAAGAAAACAUCUGCCAGUUUGGUUGUGAAAGAAAAGCCACUCCUUUUCAAGCAAGAGCUCCAAAACGAAGAGGCUAAAGAAGGGAAACAGGUCAAGCUGACCUGUGAGCUCAGCAAACCUGGUGCCCCAGUGAAAUGGAUGAAGGGAGAUACUGUUCUCCACGCCAGUGAGAAGUAUGAACUUAAGCAGCACGGAACCGUGGCGGAGCUCGUUAUCCGAGAUGUCAGACCCCUGGAUGCCGGGGAAUACACCUGCAGCUCUGGGGAGCUCAAAACCACUGCCCGGCUCAAAGUGAACGCUGUGCCCGUCCUUUUCAAACAAGCCCUGGAGAACACGGAUACGGAAGAGGGGAAAUCCAUCUCCCUGCGCUGCGAACUCACAAAAGCUGAUGCCACCGUGGUGUGGAAGAAGGGGGAAGCCACGCUCCAGGCAAGUGCCAAAUAUGAAAUGAAGCAGAAGGGGACAGUGGCAGAGCUGGUGAUUCAUAAUGCAGAGCCAGAAGAUGCGGGAAGAUACACCUGUGACACUGGAGACCAGCAGACCACAGCCCAAGUCAAAAUCCAUGCUGUCUCUGUGCUCUUCAAGGAAGAGCUGAAGCCCGUGGAAGCUGUGGAAGGUGGGACAGCCACCCUGCAGUGCCAGCUGAGCAGAGAGGCCCCCGUGGAGUGGAGGAAGGGGCAAACUCUUCUCCGGCCGAGCAACAAGUACAAGAUGAGGCAGGAGGGCCCAGUGGCUGAGCUGCUGAUCUGUGAUCUGGACUCAAAGGAUGCUGGAGACUAUUCAUGUCUAGUGGGGAACCAAAAAACCACAGCAGCCUUGUCAGUGAAUGCCCUGCCAGUGCGUUUCAAGAAGGAGCUGAGGAAUGAGGAGGCCACGGAGAGCGGGACGGCCACGCUGCAGUGCGAGCUGAGCCGGCCCGGGGGCUCGGUGCAGUGGAGCAGGGAUGGGAAGGUGCUGGAGCCAAGUGGAAAGUACAAAAUGAGGCGGGAAGGGCGCUUUGUUGAGCUGGUUAUCCAAGACCUAGACCUGACGGACGCUGGGAGCUACACCUGCACGUGCGGAGACCAGAAGACAACGGCUGCUCUGAGAGUCAAUGCCUUGCCUGUCCUCUUCCAAGAAGAACUGAUGAACAAGGAAGCUACAGAGGGGGAGGCAGUUACCCUGCACUGUAAACUGAGCAAAUCGGCCCCAGUUGAGUGGAAAAAGGGGAAUGUGGUCCUCAAGCCAAGUGAAAAAUACAAAAUAGAGCAGGAAGGUCCCUUUGCAGAGCUGAGGAUCCAGGAUUUGGGACUGGCAGACGCUGGUGAUUACCACUGUGUGUGUGGAGACCAACAGACUACAGCUGCUUUGACAGUAAAUGUCCUGCCUGCUCUUUUCACCAAAGAACUGACAGACCAAGAGGCCACCGAAGGGAAAAGCGUCACCCUGCGCUGCGAGCUGAACAAGGCAGCUGCUCAGGUGGAGUGGAAGAAGGGACUCAAGACCCUCAAGCCAAGUGACAAAUACCAAAUGAAACGGGAGGGCGUGGCUGCGGAGCUCACAGUCCAGAACCUGGACACGACGGACGCCGGGAAUUACUCCUGUGUGUGUGGGGACCAGCAGACCAUGGCAGUGCUGACAGUUCAUGCUCUGCCUGCGUUUUUCAAAGAAGGGUUGAAGAACAGGGAGGCCACAGACGGUGGAACAGCCACCCUGCACUGCGAGCUCAGCAAGGUCGGCGUCCCCGUGGAGUGGAAAAAAGGGGACAGGACACUCAAACCGAGCGAAAAGUUCAGGAUGAGGCAAGAAGACACGGCUGCAGAGCUGCUGAUCCGAGAUCUGGAGGUGGAAGACACGGGAGAAUACACCUGUGUGUGUGGAGAGCAGAAGACCUCGGCUGUCUUGACAGUCCACGCUCUGCCUGCCCUGUUCAAAAAGGAUCUGGUGCCCGUGGAAGCCACGGAAAGCAGGGCGGCUGUUCUGCAGUGCGAGCUGACCAAACCCGCCCCCGUGGAGUGGAGGAAAGGGCAGGAGCUGCUCCAGCCUAGUGAGAAGUACAAAAUGAGACUGAAGGACACCGUUGCUGAGCUGACAAUCCACGGCCUGGAGGAACAGGAUGCAGGAGAUUACACGUGUGUGUGUGGAGACAAGACAAGCACGGCUUCCCUGACAGUGCAUGCCCUCCCUCCACGUUUCCAAAAGGAGCUGAGGAACGUGGAAGGCACAGAGAAAGGCACGGCCACUUUCUGCUGCAAGCUGAACAAGCCCGGGGCUGCCGUGGGCUGGAGGAAAGGAGACACAGCCCUGGGGACAAGCGACAAGUUCACCGUGAGAUGUGAGGGCACAGUUGCCGAGCUGGUGAUCCGUGAUCUGGAUCUGACAGAUGCUGGAGAUUACACAUGCUGCUGUGGAGAUCAGACCACCACGGCCGCGCUGAGAGUGAAUGCCUUGCCUGUGCACUUCAAGAGGGAGAUGACGAACGAGGAAGCCACAGAAGGUGGAACAGCCACCCUCCAGUGUGAACUGUCCAGGUCCGCCCCCGUGGAGUGGAAAAAGAAACACAAGGUGCUCAAAACGAGUGAAAAAUACACCGUGAGGCAGGAAGGCACCACGGCACAGCUGCUGAUCCACGCCCUGGAGGUGAAGGAUGCUGGGGAAUACACCUGUGUGUGUGGAGAGGAGAGGACAACAGCAGCACUGACAGUGCAUGCCCUCCCUGCUCUCUUUAAAGAGGAACUGAGGGAUGAGGAAGCCCAGGAGGGCCAGGUGGUGACUCUGCGCUGUGAGCUGACCAAACCUGCCCCAGUGGAGUGGAGAAAGGGACACACAGUGCUCAGACCUGGAGAGAAGUACAGGAUGAGGCAGAAGGACGUCACGGCAGAGCUGGUGAUCCACAGCCUGGCUGAGAGUGAUGCUGGUGAUUACACCUGUGUGUGUGGGGACAAGGAGUCCACGGCGGCCCUGGCAGUGCAUGUGCUGCCUGCGGGGAUCAGGGAGAGCCUGAAGGACCAGGAGGUGACGGAGGGUCAGGGGGCCACUCUGUGCUGUGAGCUGACCAAGGCUGCCCCAGUGGAGUGGAGAAAGGGCAGCACUCUGCUCAAAGCCAGUGACAAGUACAAGAUGAGGCAGGAGGGCACUGUCACGAAGCUGCUUAUCCACGAUGUGGAGCUGAAAGAUGCUGGAGAAUACACGUGUGUGUGUGGAGAGCAGGAGACAACAGCUGCCUUGAUAGUGCAUGCCCUGCCAGCACUUUUCAAAGAAGGCCUGAAGGACCUGCAAGCCCCGGAAAGCCAAACAGCCACUCUGCGCUGUGAGCUGACCAAGGCUGCUGAUGUGGAGUGGAAGAAAGGGAACAAAACACUCAGGGCAAGUGAAAAACACAUCAUGAGGCAGGAGAGUGCCCUGGCUGAGCUGGAAAUCCAUGACCUGGAGCUGCAGGAUGCAGGAGAUUACACCUGCGUGUGUGGAGACCAGCACACCACGGCGUCCCUGACAGUGAAUGCCCUGCCAGUGCUUUUCAAGGAAGAACUGAGGAGUGAGGAAGUCCAUGAAGGAGCAUCAGUCACUCUGAGUUGUGAAUUAACCAAAGAAGCCCCAGUGAAGUGGAAAAUAGGGCCCAAAGUGCUCAAAGCAAGUGACAAAUAUCAAAUGAGACAGUCUGGCACCACUGCAGAGCUGGUCAUUCACGACCUAGAAGUAAAAGAUGCUGGAGAUUACACCUGUGUUUGUGGUGACCAGAAGACAACAGCAACCUUGGCAGUUCAUGCUCUGCCCCCACUCUUUAAGGAAGAGCUCCAGGACAAGGAAGCAGGAGAAGGUGGAGAAGUCGCUCUGCACUGUGAGCUCACCAAGGCUGCCCCAGUGCAGUGGUGGAAGGACCAGAGGAUUCUCAGAGCGAGUGAGAAAUACAAAAUGAGGCAGGAAGGGACCAAGGCAGAGCUGGUGAUCCGUGAAAUAGCUGAGGAGGAUGCAGGAGGCUACACCUGUGUGUGUGGGGAGCACCAGACCACAGCUGUCCUGACAGUCCAGGCUCUGCCUCCAUUUUUCCAAGAAGAAAUGACCAGCAGGGAAGCAGUAGAAGGUGGGACAGCCACUUUUCACUGUGAGCUCACCAAGGCAUCUGCCUCUGUCCAGUGGAAGAAGGGCCACCACGUCCUCUCCUCGGGCAAGAAGCACAGCAUGAGGCAGGAAGGCCAUGUUGUGGAGCUGGUGGUUCAUGACCUGGGCCUGGAUGACAGUGGAGAUUAUACCUGUGUGUGUGGAGACAAGAGCACCACAGCUGCCUUAACAGUGCAUGCACUGCCUCCAGAAUUCAGGAGAGCCCUGGAGGACCUCGAGGCUGUGGAAAAUGGCACAGCUGCUCUGCGCUGUGAGCUGACCAAGCCUGCUGUGGUGGAGUGGAAGAAAGGGCAGGAGGUGCUCGAGGCAAGCAGCAAAUAUGAGAUGAGCCAAGAUGGUGCUGUUGCAAAGCUGAUUAUCCACGAGCUGGACGUGGAGGAUGCUGGAGAUUACACCUGUGUGUGUGGAGAUCAGCAGACAACUGCCACUCUGACAGUCAAUGCCCUACCAGCACUUUUUAAACGAGAGCUCCAGGACACCGAGGCAGAGGCAGGUGGCACAGCCACACUGAGGUGUGAGCUGACCAAAGCCCAGGCUCCAGUGGAGUGGAGGAAAGGGGAUGUCCCUCUCUCCCCUGGUUUGAAAUACGAGAUGAAGCAGCAGGGCUGCACCGCUGAAUUGGCCAUUUCUGACCUGGAACUGGAGGAUUCAGGAACAUACACCUGUGACUCUGGACACCAGCAGACAACAGCUGUGGUGACUGUACAUGCACUGCCUGUCACAUUUAAGCAACCCCUGCAAAAUCAGGAGUCCGAGGAGGGGAGCACAGCCACGUUCCGCUGUGAGCUCUCGAAACCCAGAGCUGCUGUGGAGUGGAGGAAAGGAGGAGUGGGGCUGCAGCCCAGCCAGAAAUAUGAAAUGAGGCAGAGGGAAUGCCUGGUAGAGCUCUUGAUACAUAACCUCAAGUUAGAAGAUACAGGAGAAUACAGCUGUGACACUGGGGAUGAGGAAACCAAGGCAGCUUUAAACGUGAAAGCCCUGCCAGUUCUUUUCAAAAAGCAGCUCAAAGACGAGGAGGCAGAAGAAGGAGCUGCGGCGAAAUUCCGGUGCGAACUGAUGAAGGACAAUGCAGCAGUGGAGUGGAGGAAAGGAACCAUGGAGCUCUUCCCCUGUGCCAAAUAUGACAUCACCUUAAGUGGUCGCACGGCUGAGCUUGUGAUUCACAACGUGGAGCCGGAGGAUGCUUCUGAUUACACGUGUGACACGGGAGACCAGCAGAGCACUGCAGUGCUCACAGUGCAUGCCACCAAACCCCGGCUGAAGCAGCAGCUGAAGGACGAGGAGGUGGAGGUGGGAGGCACGGCCAGGCUGCGCUGCGAGAUCUCCAUCAGCAAGGCAGAGGUGGAGUGGAGGAAAGACGGAGCUGUGCUGCGCUCCAGCUCCAAGUACGAGAUGUGGCAGGACGGGACCCUCCGGGAGCUCCGCGUUCACCGCCUGGAGCCCGGAGACGCCGGGGAAUAUUCCUGCAAGGCUGGGGAUGAGACGAGCUCUGCCACGCUGACCGUGAAAGAGCCCGACGUGACCAUCGUGAGCGGCCUGAGGGACGCGGCGGUGUCCGAGGGGGACGACGUCACGUUUCGGUGCCAGGUUUCCCACGAGAACGCCAGGGACGUGGAAUGGAAGCUGCAGGACGUGGCCCUGCAAAACAACGAGAUGAACGAGAUCUCGGUGGAGAAAGGCAAGGUUCACACCCUGACCCUGAGGAAGGUGACUGAGCAGGACAACGGCACCGUCACUUUCCGAGUGGGACGUCACACGUCGACGGCAGAGCUCACGGUGAAAGUGCCACCUCCAGUAUUUAAGGAGAAACUGCAGAGCCUGGAAGUGCAGGAGGAGGACACAGCCCUGCUCCGCUGCCAGGUGUCCCAGCCCAGCGCUCAGGUGAAGUGGAAGAAGGGCACUCAGGUGAUCUCCCCGAGCUCCAAGUAUGAAAUCAGGCAGGAGGGAACGGUCCACACCCUAAAGAUUUUUCACUUAAAGCCAGAAGACUCCGGCAAAUACACCUGUGAUAAUGGGAACGAACAAACGACGGCCACUUUAACUGUCAAAGCUUUGCCUGUAACCUUCACACGGCCACUGCAGAACCAACAGGCUGAAGAAGGUGGCACCGUCACUCUGAGCUGUGAGGUGUCGAGGCCCAACAGCACAGUGCAGUGGAAGAAGGGCGGGGCUGUGCUGAGGCCAAGUGACAAAUUCCAGAUGCGUCAGGCCGGGUCCGUGGCCGAGCUGACCAUCCACAAGCUGAGCGGGGCCGACGCUGGGGAAUACAGCUGUGACACGGGGGACCAGCAAACCACGGCCGUGCUGCACCUGAAAGAGCCAGCAGCAACUAUAGUGGAGAUGCUGAAGGACGUCACCUCGUACGAAGGAGAGGACGCGGUGUUUGAGUGCCGGCUGUCCCGGGAAACAACUCAGGAUGCCCAGUGGUUCCUGGGGGAUGUGCCCCUGCAAUCCAACGAGAUGAACGAGAUCAGAGUCCAGGGGACACGUCACAGUCUGAUCCUGAGGAAGGUGACCCUGGAGGACUGCGGGUCCAUCAGCUUCAAAGUCGGGGAGCACACGUCGGCAGCGCAGCUGAAGGUCCGAGCGGCUCCGGUCACCUUCGUGAAGGCGCUGCACAACCUGGAGCUGCAGGAGGGGGGCACAGCUCACCUGUCCUGUGAGGUGUCCAAGCCUGACGUCCCUGUGGAGUGGAAGAAAGGCACGUCCGUGAUCCACUCCGGCCAGAAGUGCAGCAUCCAGCAGGAGGGGAAGGUGCACACGCUGGUCAUCCGCGACCUGAACCGUGCGGACACGGGCGAGUACAGCUGCCAAACGGCUGAUGGGAGGACCGUGGCCAGGCUGGAGGUUAAAGGCCUCCCCGUGCUGUUCAAGCAGUGGCUGAAGAACGAGGAGGUGGAGGAAGGUCGCACGGCCGUGCUGUUCUGCGAGCUGACAAAGCCCGGCGCGCGGGUGGAGUGGAGGAAAGGGGACACCAUUCUGCAGGCGAGCGACAAGUACGAGAUCCGGCAGGAGGGGACGCGUGUGGAGCUCCUCAUCUACGAGGCUGAGGCUCAGGACGCCGGGGACUACACGUGUGACUCGGGGGAUCAGCAGACCACGGCGUCGCUGCAAGUCAAAGUACUGCCAGUGCUGUUUAACAAAGAGCUGAGGAACGUAGAGGCUGAAGAAGGGGGAACGGCUGUUUUGCACUGUGAGAUCUCCAGGCCGGACGCCCCCGUUGAGUGGAGGAAAGGAGGGGUGGUCAUUGAGCCCAGUGACAAGUACGAGGUGAAGCUGAAGGGCAGCGUAGCUGAGCUGAUCAUCCAUGGCGUAGAGCCUGAUGACUGUGGGGAUUACACCUGCAGCACUGGAUACGAGAUCACCACAGGUUCUGUGUACGUGCAAGAAGAAGCAGCAGUGGUAGUUUCUGGUUUAAGGAACACAGACGUCUUUGUGGGCGAGUCAGCCACGUUCACCUGCGAGCUCUCGCACCCGGGCGUGAGGAACGUGCAGUGGUGGCUCGAUGGGACUCCCCUUCACAACAACCUGGUGACUGAAAUCUCUGAGCAGGACGGGAGGAUCCACACUCUGACCCUAAAUGACGUGGCCUGCCACGACUCAGGCACUGUCACCUUCAGAGCUGGGUCCCUUAUAUCUUCAGCUAAAUUAUUAGUCAAAGAUCCCACCAUUGAAGUGGUCAGUCCCAUGCAGGACAUAACUGUUGAUGAAGAUGGCCCGGCAGAGUUCAUAUGCCAAUAUUCUAGGCCAGUGCACGCCAUCUGGAAGAAAAACGAUCAGGAAAUACAUGCAGAUGGGCAGCGAGUGAUUAUCGAUCAGGACUGGAAUGUGAGCAUGCUAAAAAUUAACCCUACGGUCCCAGAAGACACUGGCAUCUAUUCUUGUGAAGCUGGAGGCACUAAAGUGAUGGCUACACUUGAUGUUCAAGCCAAGAACAGCAUCGUCCAGGGCCUGGAGAACGUGGAAGCGGUGGAAGGAGGGGAAGCCCUGUUCGAGUGUUACCUCUCCAAGCCUGAGACCUACAAUUACAACUGGCUGAUCGACGAUGAACCCGCCAAGACCACGGAGAACACCGAGAUGGUUUACUUCGAGAAUGGGCUCAGGCACAUCCUGCUGCUGAAGAACCUCACCCCCCAGGACAGCUGCAGGGUGACCUUCAUGUGCAGCGACGCAGUGACCUCGGCCUUCCUGACGGUGAAAGGAUGGCGCCUGCAGUUCUUGCAGCCUCUCAAGGAUGUGGAAGUCUCUGUGGGAGAGAAAGCCACAUUUAGCUGUGUUCUGAGUGAAGCUGUGCCCGUUAAUGAAGUGACCUGGUACAGCAAUGACGUAGAGAUCCAGUCGGGGGAGGACUGGGAGGUACAAGCAGAUGGAAACAAAUACAAACUUAUUCUGAAAAAAGCCCGGCCGCACCACUCUGGAGAGGUGACCUUUGCUUCCAGGGAAGCAAUUUCAUCAGCCAAGCUUUCUGUGAUAGAGCCUCCAGUUACAGUCACCAAACCCUUGGUUGGAGGAUCAGUCACGGAAGGCGGGGUGGCUCGCCUGGAGUGCACAUUAUCCAGUGAAACUGGGGAGAAAGUGACGUGGCUCAAAGGAAAAGAGCAAAUAAAAGCUGGGGGGAGGUAUGAGAUCCUCUCCGAUGGGAAAAAGCAGACGCUGGUUAUCCACGGAUUCAGACCCGAAGACCAGGACACCUACACCUGCAUGGCUUCCCCUGAAGUCAAAUCUGUUGCCAGCCUGAGUCUUGAAGUCCCCACAGCGGCGAUGCUGAAGGAGAUUGCCAGGGAAGCACCCUCUGCAAGCCAACCAGAGGAGCUGGUGGACGGCCAGGCCCAGCCCAGCUUGCCCCCUGAGGCCGCUCAGGAGGGAGAUCUUCACCUCCUGUGGGAAGCCCUGGCCAAGAAGCGCCGGAUGAGCCGGGAGCCCACCCUGGAUUCCAUCAGCGAGGUGCCCGAAGAGGACGAGAAGCUGCAGAAGUUGAGGAAGGAGGAAGCAGAGAUGUCCCACUACUACUCAGAGGAGUAUUCUACGUGUGACGAGCUGGCCAGGACAGGAGAAGCCGAUUUCUCUUUCACGAGCUCAGACGAUGAGUCCAGAGCUGGGACUCCCUCACUGGUGAACUACCUAAAAAAGAAAGCUGGGAAGACAAGUGUCGGCGUUACCAGCAAGGUUCAGUCCACCUCCACAGGCAAAUUGUGGAAGCAGUGGGAAAAAACCACUGUGGAGACUUCUGUGACCACCACAGCUGCCAAACCAGCUGAACCAGAGCUGCCAGACUUGGACGACCCUUCCAUGAACAAGGCUGCCGUGAAGAUCCAAGCCGCCUUCAAAGGCUACAAAGUCAGGAAGGAGAUCAAGCAGCAGGAGUGCCCGGUGUUUACCGAGACCUUCAAAGACUUCUCUGGCGAGCCUGGCAGCACCCUGCACCUGGAGUGCGUGGCCCACAGCAAAUCCGACAUGAACGUGCGCUGGCUGAAGGACGGGCAGGAGCUCUCAGACGGCCGCUACUACCACAUCGACAGCUACAGCGACGGGACCUGCUCGCUGAUCAUCGCCGGCCUGGACAGGAAGGACGCGGGGAAAUACACCUGUGAGGCGUCCAACAAGUUUGGCAAGGUCUCCCACAGCGCCACGGUGGCGGUGGGCGCUCAGGAAGCUCCGGCGCCGCCCAAGAAGCAGCUGAAGCAGAGCACCGACAGCGAGACGGAGAGCUCGUCCGGCAGCGAGCUGGACGACGCCUUCCGCAAGGCGGGGAGGAGGCUGCACAGGCUCUUCAGGGCCAAGAUCUCCACGGAGAUCUCUGACGUGGAGGAGGAGCUCUUCGUCAGCGCGGACGAGGGCGACGUCGACGUGGUGGACCACCAGACGUACCGGGAGGACGAGCGGUACAUCUACAUCAAGUUCGAAGUCCUGUCCGAGGCCAAAACGGCCGCCACUCGGUUCAGGGAGAUGUUCGGGGCCCUGGGGAUCCCCGUGGAGAUCGACAUUUUGGAGCAGGGCCCUAAAAAGGUUGAGCUGCGCAUCGGGAAGGCGUCGCCACCCACCUUCGGGAAGUUUGCCCCGCCGAUAGCGAGACCUCCUCCGCCUUUGCUGACUUCUGACACAGCUCCCAUGUUCAUGACUGAGCUGCAGAACCAGGAGGUGCAGGACGGGUACCCGGUCAGCUUUGACUGCAUUGUCAUCGGCAAACCGCUCCCCACGGUCCGCUGGUUCAAGGACGGGAAAGCUAUUGAGGAAAACGACCACUACAUGAUCAACGAGGACCAGGAGGGGUGCCACCAGCUCAUCAUCACCGCUGUGGUCCCCACUGACAUGGGUGUUUACCGUUGCCUGGCUGAGAACAACAUGGGAGUGGCUUCAACCAAGGCUGAGCUUCGAGUGGACCUGACCAGCACUGACUAUGAGACAGCAGCAGAUGCAACAGAGACGUCCUCUUACUACAGUGCCAAAGAAUAUAUUUCAAGCCGAGAGCAGGAGGAAUCCACCACUGAGGAGGAGCAACUGCCCCAGAUCUUUGAUGAGCUUCAUGACAUCCACGUGGCACCUGGAGCAUCGCUGGCUAAAUUUCACCUGAAGGUCAAAGGGUACCCACAGCCUCGUCUCUACUGGUUCAAGAAUGGGCAGCCCCUGAAGGCCUCUGAUCGCAUCCUGAAGACUGACAGGCAGGAGUUCCACUCCCUGGAAAUUCGGGAUGUCACCAAGGCUGACGCUGGGCAGUACCUGAUCUUUGUCAUCAACUCUGCGGGCUCUGCGUAUUCCUCGGCCAGGCUGGUGGUCAGAGACCCUUAUGAGAAAGAGGAGCCAUCCAAAACAGAUUCCCAUGAGCAGCUGAUACCGCCCAGGUUCCUUGAAAGAUUUACCAAUAAAAAGGUGAAAAAAGGUGCCAGCAUCACAUUAUCUGUGAAAGUGGAAGGACAUCCACCCCCAACCAUUACCUGGAUGAAAGAGGAGUCCCGGGAGGACAUCCUGUGGAUCAAACCAGACACCCCUGGCUAUAAACUUGCCAGUUCCAACAUGCACCACAGCCUGAUCCUGCUGGAUGUGAAGAAGAAGUACAGUGGAGCUUACACCUGCAUCGCCACCAACAAGGCCGGCCAGUCCAUCUGCACGGCCAACCUGGAGGUUGCAGAUGUGAAAGAGGCUGAAGUUCUGACCCAGGAGCGGGUGAUGGUGUCCGAGGCCAUCAUGACCACACUGGGAGCUAUUCAUCCCUCCGAAGCAAGAGAAGGAGACCUUGAAGGAAGGGAAGGUGUUCCCAAAAGCCCUAUUUCAUUAGCUGAUGUUGGCUCAGAGGAGUUCUUCCAGAAACUCACCUCACGGAUCUCGGAAAUGGUGUCUGCAAAAAUAACUCAGGCCAAGCUUCGGGUGCCGGGUGCAGAAAGUGAUGAUGAUUCAAGAACUCCAUCUGCAUCUCCUCGCCACGGGAGGUCCAGACCUUCAUCCGUAGCUCAGGAAUCCUCCUCAGAGUCUGAAGAUGGGGAUUCCAGAGGAGAGAUCUUUGAUGUCUACAUGGUCACUGCUGACUACGCCCCUGCUGCACCUGACAGGGAGACCAUCACCCUGAAGGAAGGGCAGUACGUGGAAGUCCUCGAUUCAGCUCAUCCUCUCAAGUGGUUGGUCAGGACUAAACCCACGAAAUCGAGUCCCUCUCGACAGGGUUGGGUCUCUCCAGCUUACCUGGACAAGAAACUAAAGUUGUCACCAGAGUGGGGGACAACAGAAAUCCCCGAGUUUCCUGGAGAGUUUGUUUCUGAAGAUGAGUAUAAAAGGAAGCUGAGUGUUCUCAUUCAGGAGCUGCUGGUCUCCGAGGAGGAUUACAUUCAAGACCUGCAGUUCCUCCUGACUCAUCACCUCAAGUACACAGAGACCUGUCCCAACGUCCCAGGAGCUGUAGCCAGCCAGAAAUCCACCAUCUUCAGGAAUAUUGAUGACAUUGGUCGCUUCCAUUCCAGCGUCUUCCUGAGGAGCCUGCAGGGCUGUGACACCGAUGAUGACGUGGCCAUGUGCUUCAUCAAGCACGAGGCAGAGUUCAGCAAGUACAUCCAGUACCUGGUGGGAAGGGUACAGGCCGAGUCCGUCGUCGUCAGCAAAGCUGUCCAGGACUUCUACAAGAGAUACACGGAUGAAUUUGAAACUAAUGAAGAUCCUUCCCAGCCGCUUAUCCCACCCCUGCAGCACUACCUGGAAAAACCCAUAAACAGGAUCCAGCAGUAUCAGACAAUAAUUAAGGAAUUAAUCCAAAACAAAGCAAGGAACAGCCAGAACUGCACCUUGCUGGAACAGGCUUAUGCUGUGGUGUCUGCACUGACCCGGAGGGCAGAGAACAACCUGCACGUCUCCCUGAUUGAGAACUAUCCAGGGACCCUGGAGAGCCUUGGCGAACCCAUCCGGCAGGGCCACUUCAUUGUGUGGGAAGGAGCUCCAGGGGCUAGAAUGGCAUGGAAAGGACACAAAAGACAUGUUUUCCUCUUCAAAAACUACCUUGUGAUCUGCAAACCGAAGCGAGACACAAAGACAGACACCUACAGUUACAUCUUCAAGAACAUCAUGAAGCUGAACAACAUCGAUGUGAACGACCUGGUGGAAGGGGACGACCGGGCGUUCGAGAUCUGGCACGAGCGGGAGGACCUGGUGCGCAAGUACCUCCUGCAGGCACGGACCGUCAACAUCAAGAACUCCUGGGUGAAGGAGAUCUUGGGGAUACAGCAGCGCAUCAGCGAGCCCAUCUGGAUACCUCCAGACUUUGAGGAAGAGCUGGCUGAUUGCACGGCUGAGCUGGGAGAGACAGUCAAGCUGGCUUGCAAAGUGGUGGGAGCUCCCAAACCUUCCAUCAGCUGGUACAAAGAUGGAAAGCCAGUGGAGGUGGAUCCCCAUCACAUUAUAAUAGAAGAUCCUGACGGUUCCUGCACGCUGAUCUUGGACAACCUGACAGGUGCUGACACAGGACAGUACAUGUGCUUUGCUUCCAGUCCUGCUGGAAAUGCCAGUACCUUGGGAAAGAUCCUUGUUCAAGUGCCACCAAGGUUUGUGAACAAGGUCAGGAACGCUUAUUUUGUGGAGGGUGAAGAUGCUCAGUUCACCUGCACUGUGGAAGGAGCACCAAGGCCUCAGAUCAGGUGGUACAAAGACGGGGUGCUGAUAAAGGACACGAGUAAAUACCAGGCUUUCAGUGAGCCCCGGAGCGGCAUCGUGGUCCUGGUGGUCAAGAACCCUUCCAAUGAAGAUAUGGGACACUACGAAUGUGAGCUGGUGAACAGAUUAGGGUCAGCAAAAAGCGGAGCAGAGCUUUACCACCACAGUGCUGCAGCCCUGACCCAGGAGAGGAGAGGAGACCAAGCCAUCACCAUCGAAGGAAUGACUCCCCCACAGUCAAGGAUGGAGACUUCUGUCCAGGCCUCACUCCAACGUGCUGAUAAGGAGAUCAAGACAGCCCUGAGGAGACUCAUGGACUCGGCCUCAAUGCUGGUGACUCUUCCCCUGGGCGUGAGAGGAGAAGGUGGCCUUGGCCUUCCUGGGUCUGUCCCUCCAGACCACUCGGAAGCAGCAGCUGUGCCCUCUGUGCUGGUUCACGAAGCCAGUACCCAAACCCAGGCUCCUGGAGGCCAUGACAAAGCACAAAGGCAGGUUUCAGCUGAAGAACCGAGCGUGCCAAAGCCCAGCCCUGCUCCUUCCCAGGAAGACACAGCUGCUGGAGGUGGAAGCGCUCGGGAGCGCAGCGUUCCCAUCGACAGAACCUCACCAGAGGCAGGGGCAGGAGGCUGGUACAGGAGAGAAGGAGACGUGGUCUGGGAUGUUCACAGUGAAGUUUAUAUUGAGACCACGGAAAGAACUCGUGUGUAUAAGACUGAGGAGAAGACCCCAGCAAGUCCUCCCUACAUGCAAGUGACAAUAGAGGAUGUGCAGGUGAACUCUGGGGAACGUGCCAAAUUCCAGGCAGUCAUUGAAGGAACCCCCCCACCCACCGUGCUGUGGUUUAAGGGCACCUCGUUGCUGACAGACAGUGACAGAGUCCACCAGGGGAGGGAAGGAACAACGUAUUUCCUGGAGGUGGACGACGCUUCCCUGGAAGAUGGUGGUGUUUAUACCUGUGUUGCCAAAAAUGCAGGAGGGGAGGUUCUGUGCAAAGCAGAGCUCGUUGUACGUGAAGCUAAGAAAGACCAAGAAGGAAAGAAAGUGGCCACCAGGAGAAAGCUCCACGCCCAUUAUGAGGUGAAGCAGGAAAUUGGAAGGGGCUGCUUCAGCUUCGUGAAACGGGUUGUGCACAAAGGGAACAGGGUGUCCUGUGCUGCCAAAUUCAUCCCUCUGCGAAGCAAAACCAAGUCUCGAGCCCACCAGGAGAGGGACAUCCUCGCCUCCCUGUCCCACGACAGAAUCACCAGGCUCCUGGACGAGUUUGAGACGAGGAAAACGCUGAUUUUGGUGCUGGAGUUAUGCUCCAGUGAAGAGCUCCUGGACCGUUUGUUCAAGAAGAGUGUGGUCACUGAAGCUGAGGUCAAAUUGUAUAUCAAGCAAAUUUUGGAAGGACUCAAAUAUCUUCAUGACAACAACAUCCUUCACUUGGACAUCAAGCCCCUGAACAUCCUCAUGGUUUACCCCGAGAGGGAGGACCUGAAGAUCUGUGACUUUGGGUUUGCUCAGAGGAUCACCCCCUUCGACCCCCAGUACAGCAAAUUCGGCUCCCCGGAGUUCGUUGCCCCAGAGAUUGUCUCUCUCUUACCCGUGUCAAAGGCAACUGAUAUCUGGGCUGUUGGAGUCAUCACCUAUUUAAGCCUCACGUGCAAAUCUCCGUUUGCUGGGGAGAACGACAGGAAAACCCUCCUGAACAUCCAGAGCGGGGAAAUUUCGUGGACCAUUCCCGACGUUGUUCACUUGAGCGAGGAUGCAAAGGACUUCAUGAAAGGGAUCCUGCAGCAGAACCCCAAAGCCAGGCCUAGUGCUUUGGACUGUCUGUCCCACAAGUGGUUCAUGCACAAUGUCCCCCUCGAAGCAGCUCAUUUCAUUAACACCAAGCAGCUCAAAUUCAUUGUGGCUCGGAGCAAGUGGCAGCGGUCUCUGAUGUGCUACAAAUCCAUCCUGGUAAUGAGGUCCAUCCCAGAAAUCCUGGAAAGGACCCACGACAACAGCUCCCUGGCCAUUUCCCGCCACCUCAUCGAGGAAAGCACUUCAUCCAGCACCAGUGGCUCCUCUUCAGACAACGAGAACUCGAGUUUCCCCAAGAAGAGGCACUUUGGCUCCACCCCCGAGCUGCACCUGCCCGUGUUUGAUGCCCCAAGUUACCAGGAGCCUCCAAAACGUUCCGGUGAGCAGAAGCUCUCCAAGACACCAGUCCCCCCAGUAAAACCCAUGAGGAGGAAAUACGCUUCCAUGAAAGCUGAGGUGGGGGAUAAAUCACCUACAGAAAGCAAAGAGCUCGUGGCUUUCCAGGAGAAAGAGGAGGGGCUCCAUCCCAGUGCUGGAGAUGAGAGAGCAGAGCCUUCAUCCGUGAGGGCUUCCGGGGAAAGCACAUCACAUCCCGCUCAGAAAGAAAAACCAGCUGACAGCGAGAGAAUUGAAAAGGCCGGGGAUGGCACGGAAAAGCCAUCUGCCUUUGUGCCCAGGCAGAGUGUCAUCAAAAGCACUUUCUACAGCCAAGCAACAGAGCUCCCUGCAAGGCCGCCUUCCUCUCCGGGCAGGGAGUUCAGGAGGCACCUGGACAGAGCCAGGAGGACUUUCCGGAAAGCUGGAUAUUCCAAGGUGCCCCUCAGCGGUCUCCGUGAGCCCCUCCUGGAGCAGUUUGAGCUGGAAGAGGAGGAGGAGGAAGGAGAUGAUCGCAGGGAAGGCCUGCUGGGGUCCUUGACCAAAUCGGCGUCGUUUGACACGGCCAGGAAACCACCACACCCUGCCAUUGCUGGUGCCAGCAGGAGCCGCUCCCUGGACGACUACAGGCUGAGAGCCUCGAGGUCACUGAGGGAGCAGGAUAUCUUGGAAGAAGACUGUGAUGUCCUGUCCCAGGAGAGCUGCCCCGAAGGCAGUGACCACUGUGACAUUUCUGCAGGGCCCGGCAAGGGAUGUUCUGCGGACACAUCAAAGCAGGAGGACGUCAGGAGAGCCAGCAAGGAUUGCUCAGGAGAGAAGCCCCCUCCUUCCACACACUGUGAGGGUGAUGGGUGCCCAGCUGCUUUUAUGCAACAGGCUGAGGGACUUGCAGUGUCACCUCACAGGAGUGAAAACAGGAAACCUUUACUGAAGAAGUCAAAAGCUACUGAGAUUGAGGAGGAUGAUGAAGAUUUGGAAGGCAGAAGCCCCAUUCUGACUGCCCAGUGCUCAGAUGUAACUGCGUCAGCAGCCCAAAAACAUGAGAGCAUGGAGGGUAAAUCCUCCUCUGACAAUGCUUUUCAGGAGGGCAAAGAGUCCAUUGCAACCCUGACACAGUCAGAGGCCACCUCUGAGUCACCUCCCACGAGUAAGGGAGGAGUGUGUCUGCCCCAGGAAUCUGCUCACAGCACUGACAUCCACCCGGAUCAAAAAGGUGGAACGUUGCUGAUCAAAAGGACGGCCCCAGUUCCGCCUUGGAAGGACAAGAGGCAGAAACAUUCAGAUGAAAAGACCUCUGCUCACGGCGUUGCCGAGUCUGAACCCAUGGAGCAUGAAAGCUCUGCUGCUCCAGCAGAACAGACAGAAAUUCGUUCACUCUCAGUAAGUAAAGACAGGGGUCAGGAAAUUCCUGGGAAAAGUGUUCCAUCAGCUCCUGUCUCGCUGGGCAAGCGGCCAGGUGCCCUCACAGCUGGUGAAGGGGCUGCUCAGAAGGCGAAGACCCGCAAAGAGGUGGGAUCUGCCGUCCUGGAGGAUGAAGGGCUGGGUGUGGCAGGAGUCACUCCACCAUCAGCCCGUGCUGGUGAAAGCCAAGCUCACAGGAAGGCUCCUGUUCGUGGAUUCACAGCAGCAGCCACCCUGAAAGGAGAGCACCUCGCUGUUCCCAAAGUCCCACCCCCACAAUCAGCGCCGGCUCCCGAUGGAGCACGGGCUGAGAGGGAAGGGCCAGCUCACAGCAAGGAGGGCUUUGCUGCUCUGAGGAGCAAAAGCUCUGCUGUCCCAGAGGCUGUUCCCAGCUUGGCCCACGAAGGAUCCAAACCCCAGAAGAUUCCUGAAGGCCAUGCCGUUCCAGAAGGCAGGCACACAGCGGGAAGGGUGUCCUCCCAAAGCGUUGUUCUCCCUUCGGUCUCUGAGAGGGAAAAACAGGAACAUCCACCCCUUCACAGCGAGGUGAGAGCUGCUGUGACAGCAAGUGGAAGCCCAGCAGCUGCACAGGCCUUGGCUGCUCCUUUCCCCAAGGCUGGACAGCGGGUGUUGGAGCAGCACAGGGCUGGCCAUCCCAGUGCUGGGAUUUCUGACGGUCUAGGGGGUGCAUUAAGUGCUGCACAAUCAGAAGUUGCUCCAGCUCCAGUCCGUGAAGCAGCAUAUGAGGAGCAUCCAAAGGUUCCUGGUGAGGGUGGAGGCGUUGCCUUGGGAAGGGGAAGUUCUGAGGCUGGAAGAGCUGUCCCACCGUCGCUCCGCAGGGAUGGCGGUCGGGAGCGGUCACAUCACAGGUCUUCCUUCUACAGUGAUGAGGAGUCUGCUGUGCUGGAGGGCUUGGUGGACGAGAUGGUUUCCCUCUCCGAAGAGAUGAAUGUUUGGGCAGAGUCAGUUUCUGGAGAGAAGGAGAGCAGAAAGCACAUCUCUCCUCCCACAGAGGGUAGCCAAGCACCCACGGACACCUCCUUCCCUUCCGUGAAACAGGGUGGAAGAGGAGAAGUCUCUGAGCAGGAUGGCCUUGAAGAACCCUGCCUUGCCGUGAGGGAGGAGUCAGAGGUGCUGGAAGGGCAGGGAGCACAGACAGUUCCCCGUGAGUGUGAACACCUGGAGGACCUGGCGUUUGAGAGCCCCGCUUCCAGCCAAGCCAGCAUUUCCUCAACAGAGAGCCUGGACACCGGGAAAAGGCCCAGUCGGGUGCCAGUGAUGAAGGACAAUGGGAAACACCCAGAAGUGUCUUUAGUGAAAAUCAAAGACCUGUCAGACGAAGCCCCCAGCACUGGCAGCGGCCCUCAAAAAUUUGACAUCUCAGAGGUGGAACCUGCCUACUUGAACUUCUCUGACUUGUAUGACAUUGUCUAUUUCCCGUUUGAAUUCCUGUCCUACAAGAAGCCUUCGCCCAAGCCAGUCCGCAGACGGUUCAUUCCCCUCGGUGAAAGGGCAAGGUCCCCUCCUGCAGGGCAUCUGCACAAGGACAAAAGGCUGUGCAUCAGGGAACAGGCAGAGGGCAAGAACAGGAAGAACCAUUUGGAAAUAUCUGAGGAUUCAAAGGCAGCUCACUUAGUAGCCAUGGGGAAAGGGGCGGAGAGCCAUAAAGAAAUGUACAGCUCCCAAAAGGACUCCAGUGGGAAGCAGAAAAGCUCCUUCCACACCAAGGCAGGACUCUUUAAGCCAUAUGCCAGGUCUCAUUCAGUGGAGCUGUCAGUGGAGCAGAGUCUGAAGAAGAAAGUAAAAGCUUCUGUUGCCCACAUCUCAAGAAUCCUAAAAGGAAAGACAUCUCCUGAGCCAGAGGCAGAGGAAGAGUUUGGUGAGCUGGGAAGUGAGGCAGCAGAAAGAGAGCUGUUAAUAGGGGCUGAAGGAUCUCUGAAGAGGAAAUCAGCACUCUCCUCAUUCAAGUUACCAAGCCUCAUGCCAAAGGAGAAAGCCCCAUCCUUCACUGAGGAGCUCAUGGACCAGGCUGCUGCCGUGGGACAGUGCGUGACGCUGUCGUGCCGGACGGCAGCUCACCCCUCCCUGCACGUCAGCUGGUUCAGAGACGGGAUCCCUGUCCAGGGCAGCAGCCGGAUCCUCAUCUCGUCCACCCUCAAACACUUCCAGCUCUUGACUAUUCUCUCUGUUAAUGCUGAGGAUUUUGGUAUUUACACCUGCGUGGCCACAAACUCCCUGGGCUCAGCGUCCACCUCUUGUGUCAUAAGAAAAGCAGAAGUUCCUCCCAGCCCUCCACCCCCUGACAUCGUGGAAGUCUACAAGGAUGGAGUGCAGGUGGUCUGGAAACCUGUGGAGACCAACACCCCUGUCCAGUACGCCAUCCAGUGCAAGAGUGAAGAUGGGGAGUGGACAACUCUUGCUUCUGACCUGGCUGACUGCUGCUACUAUGCCAAAAAUCUGCCCAAGGGGUUCAUCUACCACUUCAGGAUUGCCUGCACCAGCAAAGCAGGAAUGGGGCCCUACAGUGACCCGUCUGCCAGCGUCAAAAUCACUGGGAAGGAUCCAAUGGAGCUUCGUGCUGCAACGCAGGACAUCCCAUCAUCACCUGCUGCUGAGGAGGAGAGUGAAAUAAUCACACCACCCGAGCCUUUCCCAACCUACCAGACCUAUGCCUUCCAAACAGAGAUCAAAAGGGGGAGAUUCAGCAUCGUCCGACAGUGCAGGGAGAAAGUGAGCGGCAAGACUUUGGCCGCAAAAAUCAUCCCUUACUGGCAAGAGGACAAGCAGACCGUGCUCGUGGAGUACCAGGUCCUGAGGAAGCUCCACCACACAAACAUAGCCCAGCUGAAGGGAGCCUACGUCAGCCCACGGCACUUGGUGUUGAUCCAGGAGAUGUGUGUGGGACCAGAGCUGCUCCACUGCUUGGCACUACGGACAUCGUACUCCGAGGUGGAGGUCCGGGACUACCUGUGGCAGAUCCUCAGUGCCACCGAGUACCUCCACGCCCACAACAUCCUGCACCUGGACCUCAGGUCUGAGAACAUGAUCAUCACCGAGCCCAACCUGCUGAAACUUGUGGAUUUUGGGAACGCCCAGUUCUACGCACAAGACAAAUUCAUCACCAACGACAAGUGCACGGACUAUGUCGAAACCAUGGCUCCAGAACUGCUGACAGAGCAAGGAGCCCUCCCACAGACUGAUAUUUGGUCCAUCGGAAUCACAGCCUUCAUCAUGUUGAGUGCCAACUACCCCGUCAGCUCCGACGUGCCCUGUGAGUUCCUGAGAACCACCAGGAAGGGCAAAGUGAAGCUCACGCGGUGCUACGCGGGCCUGUCGGGGGGGGCCGUGUCCUUCCUCCAGAGCACCCUGUGUGCAAACCCCUGGGGAAGGCCGUCAGCCUCUGAGUGCCUUCAGAGCCCGUGGCUCCAGGAGACAGGUUUGGACAGCAGGCAGCAAGCACUGGUUACCUUCCCCACCACCAGACUGAGGAAUUUCCUCACGGAACGGGAGAAGAAGAGAGGCCUGCUGUGCUCCAAGUACGGCCUCAUGGUUGCACAGUGACGUGGACGGGACAGGCAGGAAUUGCCUCCCUGUCCCCUUCUGUUUGGUACCAAACCAUCCUGGCACGCUGGUGUCCAUCAGCUGAGCUGGGGUCACUGCUCCCUGUGUUUGUGCUGCUGUGUCCUGCCUGCCACAGGCUGUUCCUGCAUAUUCUGUGACUUGUUGGGCAGCUGGGCCAGCAGACAGGGAAGGCAGCAAAUGCACCACUGACCAUGGCCUUGUAACAUGCAGGUGUUGUCCUUUGCCACUCUGAAGCCAGGCUGCUCUUCCCUUGGGGAGUGCACAGGCACCUCUGCCCGGAGACGUGGCAAAGGCUCUUGUGUUUUAAUUCUUUAAAAAAAAAAUCCUGACAUUUCACGUUGUUUCUCCUUCCAACCCCGCUUUCCUCUGCAAUGGGUGGUGUUGGCUGUGUCAUGGCUUUGUACUCAUAACCUCAGUGCUCCUUCGAGUUUCUCUGCAGUGAUUGAUGUUUCUGUUGGUGCCACCGACUUCCUUUGAUUUUUCCACACAAGCAGCAUUAGGUGGGGGGUUUCUCAGAGCUGUGCCUGUCUGUGUUUAGAGGAAGGAGCACAGGAAACCAAUUCCUGAUGCACUGCAGUUUCAUUACUAGAGCUGAGGCUGUUUAACCAGGGAUGGCCUUUCCCAAGGUGUUUAACCCCUAUUAUUGCAAACCUGAAGGAUGCAGGUUGUGACUCCUCCCCUUGCCCA